AUGAACUUACCAAAUUUAAACGAAGAUGGAAAACCUUCCACAAAUAUACCAUUACCGAACAGUAUCUCCAUUUUAUCCAAUUCGGAAUUAAUAGAUCUUAUUAAUUUACAGAGGGAUAACCUAGCUAAUUAUGUUACACAAUUUAAUUUACAAUCAGAUUAUAAGGAUAGCAUUGAAAAAUUAUUAGAAGAAUUGCAUACGUUAGAAAUUAAAUUUAAUGAAUUAGAAUCCAAAAAGAACGACACCUAUGAAAAUUUAGAGAGUUGUCAAAUAUUGGAAUCCCAAUAUGUAAAAGAAUGGCAGGAUCUUAAUAGACAUAUUGAAAUGAACUACAGUUCUGCUGCAAUAAAAAAAAUCUAG